AUUUGCAGUAAUUAUCCAGGUGCGAAAUUACAGCAGUAAAAAGAGGCCAUUCUCUUCCGGCGACAAAUCCAAUUGGAAGCUGGAAGGAAUGAAAAGAAAAGAAAAGAAAGGAAAAUAAACCCAAUUACAAACGCCACAAAAAGACCCGUAAGGCACAGGUCGGCACUGAGCGAUCUCUCGAUCGAAAUUCAAGCAAUAACCAGAUCGAUUUCUUUCUCCCACCUGCACGGGAGACAUCCCCAAUUUGAUUUUUAUUGUUCAUCGUUAUUGUUUAUUUCUCCGUUUCAAUUUUGAUUUCAUUCACUGCAACAUCCAUCGACCUCUUUGGAAGAUGGAGGGCAUAAUCAGCAAGGUUAGGAGUUUUGACGCCUUUCCUAAAAUCAACGAGGAUUUCUACAGCCGUACACUCUCCGGUGGCAUUAUAACCAUCGCCUCCUCUAUCGUCAUGUUUCUCCUCUUCUUCUCUGAGCUCCGAUUGUAUCUCCAUGCUGUAACUGAAACAAAGCUUGUAGUGGAUACUUCAAGAGGAGAAACUUUACGUAUCAAUUUUGACAUCACUUUUCCAGCCCUUCCAUGUUCUAUUCUCAGCCUUGAUGCCAUGGAUAUCAGUGGAGAGCAGCAUCUUGAUGUAAAACAUGAUAUUUUCAAGAAAAGACUAGAUUCCCAGGGCAAUGUAAUAGAAGCACGGCAAGAUGGUAUCGGUGCUCCUAAGAUUGAAAAGCCUUUGCAGAGACAUGGUGGUAGGCUUGAGCAUAAUGAGACAUAUUGUGGCUCAUGUUAUGGUGCUGAAGCGUCGGACGAGGAUUGUUGUAAUUCUUGUGAGGAAGUUCGUGAAGCAUAUCGAAGAAAAGGCUGGGCAAUGUCAAAUCCUGAUGUGAUUGACCAGUGCAAAAGGGAAGGUUUUCUACAAAAGAUUAAGGAUGAGGAAGGUGAAGGAUGCAAUAUUUAUGGAUUUUUGGAAGUUAAUAAGGUGGCUGGUAAUUUUCACUUUGCACCUGGCAAGAGCUUUCAACAAUCAAAUGUUCAUGUCCACGAUCUACUGGCAUUUCAAAAGGACAGUUUUAAUAUAAGUCACCAGAUUAAUAGGCUAUCUUUUGGAGAAUAUUUUCCUGGUGUUGUAAAUCCUCUUGAUGGAGUGCACUGGACGCAAGAAACUCCAGGUGGAAUGUACCAGUAUUUUAUCAAGGUUGUACCUACUGUAUACACAGAUAUUAGUGGGAACACAAUUCAGUCAAACCAGUUUUCCGUGACUGAACAUUUUAGCGGUGCACAAGGGGGUUUUCAUCAAUCUCUACCUGGAGUUUUCUUCUUUUAUGACCUUUCCCCAAUUAAGGUGACAUUCACAGAGGAGCAUGUGUCAUUUUUGCACUUCCUAACAAAUGUCUGUGCUAUUGUUGGAGGCGUUUUCACUGUUUCUGGAAUACUGGAUUCAUUUAUAUAUCAUGGUCAAAAGGCAAUCAAGAAGAAGAUGGAAAUAGGUAAAUUUAGUUGAUAGCACAUCCAAGUAGCGUGAAUUGUUGCUGUAUUCCGUUUGGUCUUGUGGGCAACUGGCUUCUCAAAUCGAACUGGUUGAACGACAGCAUUUUGAAUUGGCCUGCUACUUUCAAUCACAACCAACCCUGUCAAGAUGCAUGAUGUAUGAUCAAUGAGUUCAAAUUAUUCCCUAGUUCAUUUUAUAUUUGCAACAAAAUGUCAGGUUCUCAUUUUGGUUAAUUUAAUGGCACAGCUGAUAUGAAUAUUUUGUGGGAGGAGGCUUUUCAUUGUUUUCUUAGCUAAGAACUCAAAAAGAAUUAUUUGCGAGAAUGAAGAAACAAUCGAGAAUUUUUUUUUUCUGA